AGGUACUGUUUUCAAUCGAACAUCGCCCUACUAUAAAAAUAUAAUGCCACAUGCCUUCAUGAUAACAAUAUAGUUCAUCUCGAAGCAGUCGCUGAAGAAACAAAUCAACAUCAAGAAGUUCAACAGUAAUGGAUUCAGACGAUUUAGAUGAUCACAGAUAUUAUGUGAUGGCAUUAAUGGAAGCAGAAAGACGAAGAACUCCAAGGAGGAGAAGAAAUAGCCCAGGAAAUAACCCAGGAAAUGAUCCACGAUCCACAAUUCAAAUGAUGCUAUCAUUUUUGCUUUACAUUUUCAUCAAUAUUUAUUUCAAGAAGGAAGAUGUUGAUUUUUCCGAAUUUUUCUACUACAUAAUAGCUCCAUUUUUUCUUGGCUUCUUGAUAACGAAGAGAAAUGUUUUUAUGAUUCGACUGACAAUUUUAUAUGGAAUUUACCUCUUAUUGUCGUAUUUAUACCUGGAGACAACAGAAGAAUGACUUUCAAACGAAUGACUUGGCUCGACUUGAUGUGUUUGUUUUGUAAUAUAAACUAAUUUUGUGAUAUAAAAUAAUGAUAUAAAAUCAUUUCUUUUAUACAUGACAAAGUACUUUGCCUACAAAUGCACUGUGAUAACGUAAAUAAAUUAUUUAUUUCGA